UGCACUGUAUAACGAGUAGAAACAGAGUUCAGGACAAAUGUUUACACUCGUUUUGCACUGUUAAUCUUAAUGUACUCUACAUACAGUGAGGAUGAUUAGCACUGAGAUUCAGCUAACGUGGAACUCCACUAAACUCCUACAGCACCUUCACGUACACACAGCACACGGCUACUAACCCUGCGACAUAACGUGUGGAAUUAGCACGCUGUAAAAGAUAAUGUGGAGACUCCAUACGGUAUCGUGCAGUGCACCAUGCAAGGUAUUGCUAGGGGAAACCGACCUGUUAUCCUGACCUACCAUGACAUCGGACUAAACCAUAAGACCUGCUUCAGCAAUCUGUUCACCCAUGAGGACAUGCUGGAAAUCACACAGUAUUUCUCUGUGUGCCACAUCAAUGCACCAGGGCAACAGGAAGAUGCUAGCACUAUCCCCACAGGAUCCACCUACCCCUCAAUGGACCAGCUCUCUGAGACUAUCCCUAUUGUGCUCCAGCAUUAUGAUAUUACGAGCAUUAUUGGAAUGGCAGUUGGGGCUGGAGCCUACAUCCUUGCACAGUUUGCUCUAAACCAUCCUGAACUGGUUGAGGGUCUUGUUCUGAUCAACAUUGAUGCUCAGGCAGAAGACUGGAUGGACUGGGCAGCACAUAAGAUCUCUGGCUGGACACAUAAUGUUCCUAAUAUGAUCAUCACCCACCUGUUUGGAAAUGAGGAAAUUCACAACAACCAUGACCUGAUAGCAACCUUUCGGCAUCACAUCCUAAACAACAUUAACCAGAGAAACUUGGAGCUGUUUGUCAAGUCCUAUAACAGUCGAAGGAAUCUGGAUGUUGAGAGACCUCCUCCAGGUGGAAACCUCAAUGUGAAGACCCUGAAGUGCCCAACUCUUCUGGUUGUAGGAGAUAGCUCUCCUGCUGUUGAUGCUGUGGUUGACUUCAAUUCAAGAAUGAAUCCAACAAAAAACACCCUACUUAAGAUGGCUGACUGUGGAGGCCUUCCUCAGGUUGAUCAGCCCGCCAAGCUAGCAGAGGCCUUUAAGUACUUCAUUCAGGGACUGGGAUAUAUUCCCACAGUUGGCAUGACCCGCCUGUCACGCUCCCGCACUGUCUCUGGCAGCAGCAUCUCCUCUGUCGAGGCUGUUCAGAGUCACAAGUCCACUGGAGAGGAGCAGCAUGGACAUUGUCACACCAGCAUAUCCAUAGACAAUGACUCUGACAGCAGCACAGAGCUGAGAUUAUUGUGAACAACACAACCAAGUCAGGUGUACUGCUAAAGGCACCACUGUUAAUGUAUUUACAUACAUCCUUCAUGAAGAACCCGAUGAUAUCAACCAUUUCCUCAUCCUUCAUUCUUAGUUUCACUCAGCUUCAAAUAACCUAGGCUAUAAAUUAUGUGAUUGCAGUGUUGUAAGCAGAGACUGCAUUAUACAAGCAGUUUAGAUUUAUUUAGCAAAAUGCUUAUGGAUUCUAUCUAUUUUACAUGGAUGAAUGUGUUUUUUGUUAGGUGUGUUAUACUUUUUAUGAAUGCUAAAGCAGGAGAACCAAUCUUUUUUACAAUUUGCAACCCAUAUAACCAAAAACAAAUGCUUUCAUAGCAAACAAUAUGAAAGAAAAAUCUCAAUGGACUGUUUUAGAAAUUCAGUUAUAUUUGUAAUCAAAUUUUCAACAUUUGCAGAAAAUUGGUCACAUGGAGGUUAUAUAAAGCCCAAUUACAUAUGCACAUAAGCCUGUAUUGUUUCAAUGUUGUAUAAAGAUCUUUCUCCCAAAAAAAAGGCUUAAUUAAUUUAGUUUUUAAAUUGAAACCUUUACUGUAAUAUUUGACCAACAGAACUUCAGUUAAAUGCAAUAGAUUAUUGAAAAAGACAGCUCUUCCGGUGGGUCAGAAGCUCAACAAACUGCAACUGCAGCCUGCAAAAUGAAAAAUACUCACCUAAUAGGAUGUGUUGGGGAAAUCACUGCAUACAGAAUGUCUCCAUAAACAUACUGUAUGUGCUUAUUACAGCCAUGGGCCAUGCUGUAGUGCUGAAGAGAAUAAGUGAAAGUGAUUUUUUUUUAUUGUUGUGUAGCAGAGACUACAAAAAAGUUCCCAGUAAUGAAAGGGAUAAGUACAACUAACAUUUAUACCAGUUAUUAAAAUUUCUUAUAGAAAUUUAAUCUGUCAUAUAUCAAGCUAUCCCUAUAUCCAUCUUCUGUACC